AUGAAAAUUGGUAGACUUUUUCAAUACAUUUUCACCGUCAUUGCUGCAGAAGAUGAGGACGUGCGUCUAGAACCACAAUUUAUGAAUGUAAAGGCGUAUUAUUCAAAGAAAGAGAAGAUGUUGACAUUGACGUUGUUCAGGUGGUCAGUGUUAUACGAAAUGGCAGAAAUUUCAUUAUUGGGAUUGGUUAGAACUGAGGCAGCAAUAGUAGGUGAAGGAUCAGCAUAUUCGUUGUAUAAACCAAGUGCAUACACACUAUAUGUUGCAAAUAAAGACAAUUACAAUGGAGCUAAUGUUGCAAGAAAAGUUCAUAAAUAUUUCCAGGAGCUUGUGAAUGAAUCUGUGGAUCAGAUUCAUUAUACUGGAGCCUUGGCUGAUGACAUAGUAACGAAAGUAUCACCAGGAAGAAGUUAUUUUGUGGUAAAAAUGGAGAUAGGAGAAGAAGAUAUGGAAAAUAUUUUUGAGGAAGGAGAUGAUGUAACACAUUUCAGUAUGUUUUAUUAUGGACAAGGUAAUAAAAUAGCAAUGAUUGAUUACAAAGUGUUAGAUAAGGAGAUUAUACAUAUGGAUGAUUGCUUUAUAUUAGAUAUUGAAAAGUUGAUUGAAAUGAUUGUGCUGAUAAACCUAGGACUGUUUCUAACUAUGAAUAUUGUAUUAUACAUAAAGAAGAAGAAACAGGAUGCGGAACUAAUGGAAAAGUUCAAUGAAUGA